AUGAUAGAAGAAUUAAAAGAUUUGGAUAUUAUUAAAUGUAUUAAAGAGGAUAAAAAAAUACCAAUCAAAACAUUUGGUUUGGAGAAGAAUGUUUUCUUUUUCUCAGAUUUACCAGUUUCUUAUCCAUUCCAAGAGGAUCAGGUUAAAUGCAAAACUGUAGCUCUACCAAAUCUUCCAAAUAGAGUUUGGGUUCAUGGUAUGGAUCAUUACUUAGCCAUUAUGAAAAGAGACAGAACAGGUACAUAUUACAGAUGUUUAUUAAAUUUAAUUAACAAUGAUAUCAAUCUAUUAACCAGAAUUAAAUUAAAGGAAAAAGCACACGAAAAAUUAUUUUCGUUUGCAGAUAGAUAUUUUAAAAUUAAAAAUGACAAUGAAAGAAAAUCAUAUAUCAAGUAUAAUAAAAAUAAAGAGAUUGAAGUAUUUUCAUAUACCAUAAGGGGUGUUACAUCUUAUAGAACCAUUUCAACAAAUUAUUUACUCUUAUCAAAUACCAAAUCAAUUUACAAGUCACAAUCUAUUAGAGGAGAUGCAGAUAACGUCGAUUCCAUUGUAAAUAGAAUUAACAAGAGGGUAUUGGGCACCUCUGAUAUCAAAGAACUCGAUAAGGUUAGACCAUCGUUAGAUGAGGAUAGAUGGGGUGUAUUUGAUGGUGCUUUUGGUGUUAAACAAAUUCCACUUUUUAAAAAUAUUUGUUUUGAAACUUUAAAACACGAAUUUUUAAUCAAUAAAGAAGGUGCAUUGGAAAAAAUUAAAUUAUUAACUUUUGAUUUAUUACAACAAUUUAUUGAAAAUUGUUGCGAUGAUCAAAGACCAAUCGGUUCAGAAAUUGUCAAUAGCUUAUAUCACGAUAAAGGGGAAAGAGAAAAGGGGGAAAAGGUCUUUAAUAGUUUAUACCCAUUGGAUAAGAUGGUUUCAGCAUGGUUAAAUAAAGACACUUGGCACAGAUACAACUAUGAAUAUAACCUUUCACCAGAGCCAUACACCAAAAGCACAUUAAUCAAUGUUUAUGAUAACAUUGAUAAAUUCAUUUUCAAAAAAAUACAAGGCAAUGCAGAAUCAAGAAUUUUAAUCAAAUCUGAAGCAAAAUUAACAAGCGGAACAGCAUCAAAUUUUGAAAAUGGUAAGCCUUCAAUUGUUGACAAAGAAACAUUUAUAAAGAAUUUCCACUCAGCCACCAGAGGUCUUUUCGAGAAAGGUUUUUCACAAAAUGUUAUUUUCAUUGGUGGUAUUGUUACUCACUGUUUAACUGGUCAACAAGAGGGAUUCGAAAACUCUGAUAUCGAUAUAUGUUUUCUUAAUAUUGAAGAGAAUGGCGAAGGAGAAGUUACCAAAUUCAUUAUUGAUUAUUUUGGGGAAGACUAUGCCAAGGAGUAUUCAUUGAAUGUAAUGGGUGGCCACGCUGUAUUAUCAAAACACUAUCCAAACAGACCUGUUCAAAUCAAUCUUCAUGAAUUCCGAGAUAUUCAAGAUAUUCUUUUGGGUGUAGAUAUUGAUUGCAGCUGCUUUGCAUUCAAUGGUAAAGAUGUUUUUACAUUGGAAAGAGGUAUGGCAUCAUUAAAUCAUCGUAUCAACAUUGCAUCAGAAUUCUCAUACUUUGUUAGAGGAGAUAACCAGUAUCAACGUCGUUUACUCAAGUAUUCAGAGCGUGGUUUCGAUAUUUUUUAUCACAGCACCCCAGAAAUCGAAGAUCUUAUCGAAAAGUUUGAUAAAAACAACACAUCAAUCUAUCAAUCAGGUUUCGAAUUAUUAUUUUCUGCUAAACACAAUCCAGAUAUCUUUAAAUCACUUUUAGAAACUAAUAGACAAAGAGCAUUACCCUAUGGUCCAGGUUGGAAUAAAAAGAAUUUCGAUAAAUAUAUGAAAGAUUGUUUCGACAUUGUUUUCGAUGGUUAUAGUUCAUCAGGUGUAUAUGGUCCAUGUGAAGAUCUUGCCACCCUUUUCCAAUUCAGAGAAUCCCUAAGAGAAGAACUCAACGAAUCAUUAUAUUGGGACUUCCCAAGAUUCCCAGAGGAAUAUGGUUAUGCAAAAGAGGAAGAGGAAGAUAGAGAAGAAUUAUAUGAAGAUUUACCAAAUUUAGAAGAGUAUUUAAAUUUAGAUGAAAAUUCUGAUAUUAGAAAAGCCUCUAAAUCAUUAAGGAUUGAGGGUGAAGGUGAAGAUGAUGGUGAAGAGGAAUAA